AUGGGCCUCCUGCUGCCAACACUUUACCAGUUGCGGGACCAGCUGAACGAGUUGGAGUCAUCUUGCAAAACGUCAACACCUCUUGUUCAUGCCCUGCAGCAAGGGAUCCCGAAACGUAUGGAUCUUACUCCACACCUUUCCUCACAGCAAGAAGCGUCACUCAAAGUCAAACAGGUCUUCCUGCCUCUGCAGCCUGGGAUCAGUCUUCCUAAAGAUUUGUUAUUACUGGUACUACAUUUAUCGAAAAACGUAAAUGGUCCAGAAAAUGUUAAAUUCCUAAUAUUUCCACCACAAGAACACCAUGAUGAAGGAUCAAACAUCGUCCUGUCCUGCUCAGCUGACUCCAGACCUGCUGCUCUGUUUUACUGGUUUCUGAAUGGAGACAAGCUGUCUGAUACUGGACCAGAGCUCACACUGAUGAACAUUCAGAUGAGUCAGAGUGGAAACUACAGCUUGCCAGCCUCCACCCCAGUGGUAACUGUCAGUAACACAGACUUGGUGGAGUUCAACAGCUCUGUCCGUCUGUCCUGCUCCUCCUCUGGAUCCUCUCUCUCUUUCCUCUGGUUGAACAGCAGCUCUGAGGUUACAGCCAGUGACAGAGUUCAGCUCACUGAUGGAGACUCCACUCUCACUAUAGUCAGUGUGACCCGCUAUGACCAGGGACCAUUCAGGUGUCAUGUGUCCAACCCUGUAAGCUCUGUCACCAGUGGGCCAAUACUCCUCUCCAUCAGCUAUGGUCCAGAAAAUGUUAAACUCAUAAUAUCUCCACCACAAGAACACCAUGAGGAAGGAUCAAACAUCGUCCUGUCCUGCUCAGCUGACUCCAGACCUGCUCUGUUUUACUGGUUUCUGAAUGGAGACAAGCUGUCUGAUACUGGACCACAGCUCACACUGAUGAACAUUCAGAUGAAUCAGAAUGGAAGCUACAGCUGUCAGGCCUUCAAUGAAAAAACUCUAAGAUAUGAAACAUCUCAGUCUUCAUUUAUGUCUGUACUGGUCAUCAACCCUAAUUAUGAGUCAAAUGAUAUCACUUGA